UCUUCUAACAGAAAAAUGAGAUACCCAUCAUUUAGCCUCGUUAGAGAAAACAACAUUCUGUUCAUCAGAGGCUUCAUGAUUUUGUUCCUCAGCUGUAUAACCAUGCGACUUAACUUCUGUAUUUCCACUAUCCCUUCUUCAUUAAAAGCACUUCCCUUGGAAGGACACUUCAGUUUUGAUGAAGUUGACAUCAAACAUGCAGCCAGAGACUUUGGCAACAGGUACCAAUCUAACCCCAUGGCAGUAUUGCAUCCAAAAUCAGUUUCUGAUAUUGCAGUCACCAUAAAGCAUAUCUGGAACUUGGGUCCUAGUUCUCAGCUCACUGUUGCAGCUAGAGGCCAUGGUCACUCACUCCAAGGCCAGGCACAAGCUCAUGGAGGAGUUGUGAUCAACAUGGAAUCACUCAAUGUCUCAGAAAUACAGGUGCACACAGGAGAAUUUCCUUAUGUUGAUGUCUCAGGAGGAGAAUUGUGGAUAAACAUCCUGCAUGAGACACUUAGGUAUGGGUUAGCACCAAGAUCAUGGACGGAUUACUUACAUCUCACAGUUGGUGGAACUUUAUCCAACGCUGGUGUCAGUGGCCAGGCAUUUCGACAUGGUCCCCAGAUAAGUAAUGUUCAGCAGCUGGAGAUUGUUACAGGGACUGGGGAUGUGGUAAACUGUUCUGAGGAGCAGAAUGAUGAACUCUUUCACAGCGUACUUGGGGGACUAGGUCAGUUUGGCAUUAUAACAAGAGCAAGAAUCUUGCUGGCACCAGCACCUACCAUGGUAAAAUGGAUUAGAGUGCUAUAUGCAGAUUUCACAGCAUUCACAAGAGACCAAGAGCAAUUAGUAUUUGCUGAAAAAGCUUUUGAUUACAUUGAAGGAUUUGUGAUAAUAAACAGAACAGGUCUGCUAAAUAACUGGAGAUCAUCCUUCAACCCAAAAGACCCAGUUCAAGCUAGUAAUUUCAAGUCAGAUGGAAGAACUCUCUUCUGCCUAGAAUUGGCCAAAUACUUCAAUCUGGAAGAAACCCUUGUAGUAAGCCAGGAAGUUGAGAAACAUAUGUCCCACUUGAACUAUAUCCCAUCAACACUUUUUCAAACAGAAGUCACAUAUGUAGAUUUCUUAGACAGGGUGCAUAUCUCAGAGGUCAAGUUGCGUUCAAAAGGCUUGUGGGAUGUUCCACACCCAUGGCUCAAUCUUUUUAUACCAAAAAGCAAAAUACACAAUUUUGCACAAGUUGUCUUUGGGGAUAUCGUAACAGAAACAAGCAAUGGCCCCGUCCUUAUCUACCCAGUAAAUAAAUCAAAGUGGGACAACAAAACUUCAGUUGUUAUGCCAGAGGAAGAUAUUUUCUACUUAGUGGCAUUUCUUGCCUCUGCAGUCCCCUCUUCCAAUGGACAUGAUGGCCUUGAACACAUUUUGAGUCAGAACAAAAGAAUUUUAGAGUACUGUGAAAAAGCCAAUCUUGGAAUAAAGCAAUAUUUGCCCCACUACACUACACAGGAAGAAUGGAGGGCGCACUUUGGUCCUCAAUGGGAGGUCUUCCUGCAAAGAAAAUCUGUUUAUGACCCAUUAGCAAUACUUGCUCCUGGCCAACGAAUAUUCCAAAACUCAAUAACCUUCUCAUGA